GUUUUCGUGAUAUUUUGUAUUUGUUUAUUAGCAUUCCGACCAUUCCGACCAAUAAAUGUAAAUAUUUAAGCCAAAAUGACAACUUCAAUCUCAUUUAAUAUUAGUGACGUGUGUCGCGGUUGUUUAUCGGAUAACCGAGACAAUUUGCGAUCAAUCUUCGAUUCAAAUAUUCUUGAAAAUUUCAUUUCAUGUACGAACGUACAGGUGACGGCUGAGGACGGUCUACCGAAGCACAUCUGCAAUUCUUGUGUGUAUAAAGUCGUGUCGUGGGUUACGUUCAAAUCGCAAUGUGAGCAAAAUGACGAGAUCCUACGGACAACGUUCCAAUGUUCAGUAAAUAAGCAAAGUCUUUCAUCUACCAGUCAACCUUCCGGAGAGACUUGCUCCAAAAAUAUCGUCGACGUUAUAAGUGAUAGCUCGUUCCAAUCAGACAGUGCAGUCACAGUGCAGCAAUGUUCUGAAAUCGAUAAUUCGAAUGUCGACGAGUCGGAAAACACAAAACCUAUCGGAGAGCACAUCGAUUGCGUCAAACCCGAUGCGUACGACGAUGAGGAAUUUUUAGUGACUGCCAAUGACGAAGACAUCGAUGAGUCUGACGUUGACCAAACGGUAGACAGCGGAAAGACACAAUCUUCGCCACAAAAGCAAGUGACCUGUGACGAAUGUGGUGCCCAUUUCCGUAACUCCGAUCGACUGAAAUCGCAUCGACGAAGUGUACAUGAAGGGAAAAAGCCUGAAGUUUGUCCGAUAUGCGAUAAGGAAUUCAAUAAUCUGAGAGCACUUCGAAGGCAUCGACAUAAACACAGCGACCUGAAACAGUUCCGGUGCGAUGACUGCGGCAGAUGGUACAAAUAUCAAACGUCGUUGACUCUGCACAAAAAGAGUCAUGCCGAUGUUCGGCGCUUCAUUUGCGAUUUAUGCGGUAAGGCCUUUGUCAGGGCACAUGGUCUGCAAAGCCAUUUAUUGUCCCAUUCAACACUUACUCCGUUCACGUGUGAUUACGAGUCCUGUGGCAAGCAGUUUAAGAAUGCCAUCAUGCUGAGGAAUCAUCAGAAGAGACAUCUGGGAAUCAAAACGUUCGUCUGCUCACCGGACUGCGGCAAAGAGUUCAUAACCGCAGCUGAACUUAAUACUCAUAUUCGAUCACAUACGGGCUCUAAGCCGUUCGCCUGUACAAUGUGCGACAAAGCUUAUAAAACGAAGAGCCAUUUAACGGUUCACUUGCGAUCCCAUUCCGGUUCCAGACCGUACGCCUGUGAUAUUUGUCCCCUGACGUUUGCUCACAAUAAGGUGCUGAAACACCAUCGACUUGUCCAUCUGGGAGAAUUGCCAUGGUCGUGCGACAUUUGCCAACGUCCUUUUCGACAGAGAAGUACUCUAAUGAAACAUAAAAAACUGCAUACGGACGGUAAAGCCCGAAAGAACCAGCCACAGCAUGUUGCCAAUUCAGAUUUUACUGGAACCGAGACCAUUCAACUGAGCAUCGAAAUGGAAGAUCUGGAGAAAUGAGAUUGGAGACUUGCACUGUUCGUCGUCAGUAAAAUGUUUGAAUUUUGUGAAUUGAACGAGUUGUUGGACGCUGAAAUAAAACCAGAGACUG